AUGCAAGAAGAAUUACUUAAAAGAGAGAACAUUGGCUAUAAGCUAAUCAGUAACAUAGAAACUAGCAACAACUUAUACGAAAGAAUACUUAAUGAUCUACACAAUGGAGAAAGCGAAAUAACUAAAAAGCAAGCAGAAUAUAUAAUACGAAAUGUAUUUGAGGAUGGCUUAAGCGUAGAGCAUUAUGAUAUUACAGAGGACAGACUAAAAUACUAUAACAGUGCACUUAUUUUUAUAAUAAGAAAUAUAUUCAGUGACAGCUCAGAUAAAGCACACAAAAAAUAA